AUGGGGAGAGGCGCGCGGCUGCGGGCGACGGCCGGCCAUGGGGAGGCGCGCGGCUGCGGGCGGCGGCCGGCCAUGGGGAGGCGCGCGGCUGCUUGCCCUCAGGUGCGGGUGCACACGACAUUGGAGGCGGCCGACACGCUCGCCAAGAUUGCCUCAUCCCGGCAGUCCAUCCCGUCCUGCGUCUCCCUCGAGCACCUGCACAAGCCGUCUCUGGACUCUGAGUCCAUCCACGUCCCACCCGACCCGGCCGCGCCUCAACCCGGCCCGGGGACUGCUCAAACCGCCCCGUCCGCGCCUCAACCUGGCCCGGGGACUGUCGAAACUGGCCCGGGGACUACCGAACCCGACCCGGGGGCUGCCGAACCCGGCUCGGGGGCUGCCGCCCCUGAACCCGCCAUGGUGGCCGUCUUCGCCGUGGUGACGACACCAUCAUGGGCGCUGUCCAUCUCAGAGUUCCUGGAGAACGGGGUCCUCCCCAUGGACGAGACCGAAGCUCGGCAAGUGCAGCGUCGAGCGUCCGCCUACAACAUCAUCAACAACGAGCUCGUCAAGCGCAGCUCCACCAGCGUAUUCUAG